AUGGAGGCGGUGGGCGGCGCCGCGGAGGAGCGGUGGGCGUCGCUUUGCAACUGUGUGGUCAACUUCCUGCUGGAGGAGAAGUACCACCUCACGGCGCUCGAGCUGCUACAGGAGCUGCAGGAGGACGGCCGCCACGCGCAGGCGCUCCGCCUCCGCUCAUUCUUCUCCGACCCCGCCUUCUUCCCCCCCGACCUGGUCGCUCGCGCCUCCUCCUCACCGCCGGGUGCUGAUCCACAGAGUUUGCUAGAAGAGAAAAUUGCAGCAGAAGAGAAGUUGGCACUCACUGAGUAUGAUCUCCGACUAGCCAAGGAAGACCUUACAUGCUUGAAGCUUGAGUUGCAAAAGCAACAAGAAUCAUCUCCUGAUAAUACAAUUGAUGCUUCUGCACAUGAAGGAUUCAACCAACAGGACCAACGAGAUGUCAAAAUUUCAGCAUUAGGCCCUCUGAAAGAUAAUGAACGGAAAGAUCUGAACUGUGCUGUAAAGGAAUACCUGCUUUUGGCUGGGUAUCGACUUGCAGCCAUGACUUUCAUUGAGGAGGUUCUUGAUCAGGAUCUUGAUGUUUGGACUAACAGUUCAGCUUGUGUGCCUGAUGCCCUUCGUCGUUAUUACUACCAGUAUCUUUCAUCUACCACUGAGGCGGCUGAGGUGAUGGUGACACUGAUGACUAUCCAAGGGUCAGCUUUGAAUAAAAAGGGCAUCCCGGUGCAUGUAGCUCCCGCUUACGCAGGGUCGAGGGAAGGGUCCGACCACUUUGGGUCUUUUGUACGCAGCCUUUCCCUGCAUUUCUGCAAGAGGCUGUUUCCAGGACUCGAACCCAUGUUAAAUGCUAAUUCUAUGGGAGAAGCAGCAGCAUUGAUCAAUGAACAUGAAAACCUCAAAGGAACUGAAUCUAUAACUAUUAAGCUAGUAUCAGCAGCGGCUCUGACUGAGAACACACGGAAAGAUCAUAAAAAUACCGAAAGUACUAUUGAAGGUUCCCCAGGUUCAGAAGCACCAGUUUCUUGCUCAACUGCUGGGGGCGGUGGUUAUGGUACUUCAGGAGAAGAUGAAUCUGGCACAGAUACUUCUCCGGAAGGUAUAUCUGUUAAUGGCACUCAGCAUGGAGCUGGUAACAGCCAGGAGAAUUCAGGCAGCAUAUCAGUUUAUGUAUCGGAAGAUAAAGUUAACACUGAGAUAGUAGAGAGUCCAAGUAUACAUAAAUCGUCAUAUAAGAUGGCCUUGGAAACUAUCAAGAUAGUUUCAGAUGCUCUUCCAAAGAUAGUUCCAUAUGUGCUCAUAAACCAUCGCGAGGAGCUUCUUCCAUUGAUCAUAUGUGCUAUAGAAAGACAUCCAGAUAGCGAUGUACGGGAUUCGUUGACUCACACAUUGUUUAAUCUGAUAAAACGGCCUGAUGGACAACAGAGGCUUAUUAUAAUGGAUGCUUGCGUGGAAUUAGCCACGAGUGUUGGGGAGAUGAGAACAGAGACUGAAUUACUACCACAGUGUUGGGAACAGAUAAAUCACCAGUAUGAGGAGCGUAGGUUGCUUGUUGCUCAGUCCUGUGGAGAACUGGCAAUAUAUGUUCGUCCCGAGAUACGCGAUUCCCUUAUCCUAUCUAUUGUGCAACAACUUGUCGAAGAUUCUGCAACUGUUGUAAGGGAGGCUGCAACACAUAAUCUGGCCUUGCUGCUUCCUUUGUUUCCGAACAUGGAUAAAUAUUAUAAGGUUGAGGAGCUAUUGUUUCAGUUGGUCCGUGACCCUUCUAGGGUAGUGGUGGAUGUUGCUCUCAGAGAACUUGUUCCUGCAGUAGUAGGAUGGGGGGGUAAACUGGAUCAGAUAUUGAGAGUGUUACUGUCACAUAUCCUGGCAUCUGCUCAGCGUUGUCCAUCCGUUUCAGGGGUGGAAGGUACAAUAGACUCUCAUCUCCGUGUUUUAGGAGAACAAGAACGAUGGACCAUUGAAGUGCUCCUUCGGAUGCUGACUGAGUUGUUACCAUUUAUUCAUCAGAAAGCUAUAGAGACUUGUCCAUCAAUAGACCCCUCAGAAAACUACAUUUCAGAAUCCAGCCUAAAGCUGUAUGCAACAGGUGAGACAGAAUGGUCAGCAUUUGAGUGGAUGCACACUGAGUGCCUGCCGGAUUUGAUCAAGCUUGCCUGCUUGUUGCCUGCAAAAGAGGAUAGCUUAAGAACAGUGAUCACAAAGUACCUGUUGGCCGUAUCUGGACGCUAUGGAAAAGAUUAUCUCGAGCACAUUAUGUUACCUGUAUUUCUUAUAGCAGCUGGUGAUAUUGAUAGUGGUGAUUUUACCUAUUUUCCUCUGUCAAUCCAGUCCAAAGUUCGUGGUUUCCGUCCGAAAACUUCUGUUGCUGAAAAAAUCGCUAUCAUUUGUGUUCUUCCAUUGCUAUUGUCUGGUAUUUUGGGUUCUCCUUCAAGUCGUCAACAGUUAGAAGAAUAUUUAAGGAAAUUACUUAUCCAAAACACGAAGGAUGGUUCAUUUUCUAUGCAUCACACUGCCGAGAUCAUUGAUGCGAUCCGGUUUCUUUGCAUAUUUGAGGAGCACCAUGGAGUCAUCUUUCAUAUUCUGUGGGAGAUGGUUGCGAGCUCUGAUACCUAUUUAAAAACCAGUGCUGCAGCUUUACUGAAAGCACUUGUACCCUAUGUUGGCGUGAAAGUUGCAUCGACUCAUGUUUUGCCAGCACUCAUUACUCUUGGUUCUGAUCAAAACUCGGCUGUAAAAUAUGCUAGUAUAGAUGCAUUAGGAGCUGUUGCUCAGCAUUUCAAAAGUGACAUGGUUGUUGACAAGAUACAUAUUCAAAUGGAUGCCUUUCUUGAAGAUGGAUCACAUGAAGCUACUAUUUCGGUCAUUCGUGCACUUGCAGUAGCUGUGCCGCAUUCAACAGAUAGACUACGUGAAUAUCUUUUAACCAAGAUAUUUAGACUUACAAGUGCCCCACCUACUGAAAAUGAUAUUGAACGGCGUCGUGAAAGAGCAAAUGUAUUCUGUGAAGCGCUGCGUGCUUUGGAUGCUACAGAUCUUCCUGCUACAAGUGUACGUGAUCUACUUUUGCCCUCUAUACAGAACUUGCUAAAAGAUUUGGAUGCUCUAGACCCUGCACACAAGGAGGCACUAGAAGUUAUAGGCCGGGAAAGGUCUGGAGGUACGCUGGAGAGCAUCGGCAAGGCAAUGGGGGCACACCUUGGGAUCGCGACCUCUGUCAGCAGUUUCUUCGGCGAGAGCAAUCUGCUUGGGAAGAAAGAGGGUGGAGAGCAGCACGACCCUGCUGCUGCUUCUGUUCCUCCGCAGGUGGGCUUACAAACUCAGCAGGAGAACACGAGGUUUGGUCGCAUAAUGAGGGGUGGAUUUGGAGACAUGUUGCGAGGCAAAGCAAAGGGCGGUGAUGAACCCAGCUGA